GCCUGCGCCCGAGCGGGGUCCAGCCCAGCGCUGGGCCACCCGCGUCAAGACGGCCGGAGCGCCGUGGCGGAGCAGCUGUGGGGAGACUCCCAGAAUCAAGCUUUUGAAGCUGAAAAACCUGAAACAGGAGCUAGUCCCCAAGUCCAAAUUUUACGGUUGUAGAAGCUCGGCCCACAGAGGACAAAUUCCGAGAAGUAGCAUUUCAGGAUCAAAAGGCACUUCCAGAGGCAGGGCCAUGCUCACAUUCAUGGCCUCUGACAGUGAGGAAGAAGUGUGCGACGAGCGGACGUCCCUGAUGUCGGCCGAGAGCCCCAUACCGCGCUCCUGCCCGGAAGGCCGGCAGGGCCUGGAGGACGGGGAGAAUGCUGCUCAGUGGAGAAGCCAGGACAGUGAGGAGGGCCGUGAGGAGGAAGCUGACCGCUAUGUCUGCAGCGGGGUCCCUGGGCGGCCGCCGGGCCUGGAGGAGGAGUUGACCCUCAAAUACGGGGCGAAGCACGUGAUCAUGCUGUUUGUGCCUGUGACCCUGUGCAUGGUCGUGGUGGUGGCCACCAUCAAGUCUGUGCGCUUCUACACGGAGAAAAACGGACAGCUCAUUUACACGCCGUUCACUGAGGACACGCCCUCGGUGGGUCAGCGCCUCCUCAACUCCCUGCUCAACACCCUCAUCAUGAUCAGUGUCAUCGUGGUCAUGACCAUCUUCCUGGUCGUGCUGUACAAAUACCGUUGCUACAAGUUUAUCCAUGGCUGGUUGAUCAUGUCCUCUCUGAUGUUGCUGUUCCUCUUCACCUAUAUCUACCUCGGGGAAGUGCUCAAGACCUACAACGUGGCCAUGGACUACCCGACCCUGUUGCUGACCGUCUGGAACUUUGGGGCAGUGGGCAUGGUGUGCAUCCACUGGAAGGGCCCCCUGGUGCUGCAGCAGGCCUACCUCAUCAUGAUCAGUGCGCUCAUGGCCUUGGUGUUCAUCAAGUACCUCCCGGAAUGGUCCGCGUGGGUCAUCCUGGGCGCCAUCUCUGUGUACGAUCUCGUGGCUGUGCUGUGCCCCAAAGGGCCGCUGAGGAUGCUGGUGGAGACUGCCCAGGAGAGAAACGAGCCCAUAUUUCCUGCCCUGAUAUACUCAUGUGAGUGGCCCCCAUGCCUCCUCCCGACCCGGGGUCCGAAGGCAGCUGCGGUGGGAGCCAGGGGCGGCUUUCUGGCUGUGGCUUUCAGAGUUACUAGGAAACAGUUAACCUUUCUCCCACCAAAGGGAGGAGGCAGCCAGGAGGGGCACCGCCUUCUAGAGUUGACCGUGGGCUGUAUCUUGCUGUUACCAAGGAAGAAGCUUAGCAAGUUAGAACAGGAAGCGGGCCCCACAGCUUGGCGUGUGGGCUUGUGUCUGACCCUCCUGCUGCUCGCCGUGUUCAAGAAAGCACUGCCUGCCCUCCCCAUCUCCAUCACGUUUGGGCUCAUCUUCUACUUCUCCACAGACAACCUGGUGCGCCCUUUCAUGGACACCUUGGCCUCCCAUCAGCUCUACAUCUGA